AUGUCUACACACAAUAUUGCCUUUACUGCUCCGCUCAACCCCACUGGAGCUAGCCCAAUUUUGAAUGAAGGUCAAAUUUGGCGUGGCUUACUGCUCAAAAUCAAAUCGGCUGAAACUUUCGUUCCAAACGCCAUCCAAUCGACUACCGUUGUCUCUGAGGGCUCUGAUCCCGAGACUGGAAACCCUGUCACCGUACGCGAUAUCACUUUCGUCGAAAACAAGCGCAAAGUGAGAGAGACUGUCACCGCCUACAAGCCUUCAAGGGCCGUCUUCGUCCAACCGGACGGAAGCACCAUCAACAACAUCGUUAGCGAGGGAGCAGAUGGCGAGCUGUACAUGACCUACACGUUUGAAUGGAGACAUCCCGACGCCUCUCCUACGGAGUUGAAGGCAUUUUUAUACAAAGAGAAGCAGAUGAUGAAGCUAGCCGUGGAGGGGACCAUUGCUGUGUUGCGCCAGUUGGCGACAAAUGGCAAGAUUUGA